AUGGAGGACACGCCGGAGACCGCACAAUACUUUAUCUUCGUCACUCAGGUUCAUUUCUGUGACGCCGUGGUGGUUUGGGACUGGUUCUUCGGCCUGCCGCGUGAAUGGCGUUUCGUGUGGUGUACACACUGGACGCCCGUCAAGGUUGCCUAUCUGUUCUGCCGGUACUGGGUCCUCGCCGUGGUGCCGUACUUGCUCUAUGCGUUCGCCGUCAACCAUCCGGCGGAGACGUGCGAGAGGAUAUUCAAGAUUCCCGUCUCCCUCGCAAUGUGGAAUCAAGUCGCCGCGGAGUGUAUUCUCUUGAUCCGAACCUACGCUUUCUUCAAUCGCAACCUCUACAUCCUUAUCUUCCUCGUCACUGCCCUCGGCGGGGUCGUCUCGUACCAGCUCUACGUGGCGACUUCGCAGAUGCUACCUCUACCCUUCAUCCCUCCGAUGACUAUCGGACCUUGUUUUCCGAUGUCCAAGCCGCAUUCCGCCCAUCUCCUUGGUGAACCUUUACAGAUCGCCCCACUCCUUUAUGACACCAUCGUUACGUUCAUGACCAUCGGAAAGGCCAUCACCAUUAGGCGUCAUCAUGGCGGACCCAGCAGUCGUCUCAUCCAAACGUUCCUCCGGGAAGGGGUGUUUUAUUACAUCCUGAUCUCCAUUGCCAACCUAGUCAACGGCAUCUUCUAUCUCCAGCCGCGGCAAGCGAUCUCGGCCAUCUGCAUUCCCCUCAGCGUUAUGCUGUCGCCCGUGCUCGCGUGCCGGCUCAUCCUAGAUCUCCGCGAACGAGGUUCGGAAACGGUGCAGUCGACGGGCACAAUCGCCUUCACCGCCGGACCGGCAUCAACUAAAUCAAGCCCCGGCUCCCUGUUGUCUGGUUUGACUUUUGGGUUCGGGUUCCAAGGUCGCGGUGGCUCAAAGCCGGUUGUACGCAGUCAGGGAAUCAUCCUGAGCACGAUCGGCAGCAUCCCGGGCGAGAUCAUGAUGUCGACGGGUGAGGUGGAGCUGGAGGAGAUGCAGUACCAGAAGGCGGACAUCGAGGCGAACGCCUACGGUGGCGGGUCUGCGGAACUUGGCAGCCCGGUGAGUGGAAUUCGAGUCCACAUAGAGAAGACGACGAUGUAG